AGCAGGAAGUGAUGGUAUGAUAAAGCACUGACCCACGUUUUCCGUGAGUUUGUAACACAUGACUGGAACUGGGCUGGCAUGAUGAGGCCUCUUGAGAUGAAGUCACAAAAGAUGUUGUACUUCCUGGAUGGGGAUGACGGUACGGUGGACGCUGAGAAAUAAGUUUGGAUUACUGACUGUUGUGUAGAAAAAGGGAUCAUCUAACUUGUAGUAUUACGUUACAAUUAUAUUGAUACAUUUACAGAGAGUAUUGUGCAAAUAAGGGGAACGUCCCUGAUCAGCCUGCAUUGCCCGCUCUUUGAGUGCAGGGUCUAAUGGAGCCAGAGGUGAAAGAACAUGAGGAGACUUCACCCAUGACCUCCCCAGUAAACAACAACCACUCUAUAGAAUCCAAUAUAACAUAUUCAAGCCUGUCUGAAGACUUGGUGUUUGUGGAUAAUGAGGCAGUUGAAAAGCUAACUGAAGGACUAAUCUCACAUUAUUUACCUGACCUGCAACAUUCAAAAAUGGCCUUGCAAGAGCUGACACAAAAUCAAGUAAUAUUACUCGACACCCUGGAACAAGAAAUCACAAAAUUUCGGGAGUGUAAUUCGUUACUUGAUCUAAAUGCCCUGUUUACAGAAGCUAAGUACUAUCAUAAUAAACUGGUGAAUAUAAGAAAAGAAAUGAUGAUGCUACAUGAAAAGACAACUAAAUUGAAGAAAAGAGCACUGAAACUUCAACAACAAAAACAUAAAGAAGCACUGGAGCGAGAACAGCAGCGAGAAAAGGAGCUGGAAAGGGAACGGCAGCUGAUUGCAAAACCUGCAAAAAGAAAAUAAUAUAAUAAUCAAACUGUGCGAUCUGUAUCAGUUCAGAGGCUGUCAAAGAAAGUGUGGGGGGGCAGGUACCUAGUUAGGAUAAAUUAAAUACCCCAUGUUUUCCUAGAACAUUAUUAACAUAGUGAUGUAAUUACUGGUCUGCUGUUUAACUUUUACUGACAUUUACUUGGUUUGUAUUUCUGCCCUGCUUUUUAAGCAUGAAGGAGGGCCUGUGUGUGAAAUUCUACAUAAUUAAACAGCAAGAGCACAAACACAGUGCAUUUAAAUUGAGGAUGGGCAUGAUGCCCCCUACAAAUUAUAAUGCUUGUUCAAUGGCAUUGGUUGAUAAUUUUUUUUUUUUACUUGAAUGAUGCAUUCUUUAUAUCACAUGUUCUCCUGGGAUGGAAAGAAGACUCCCAUUACAUAGCGGUUUGUUCUGUUCCAGGUUUUACUGUGAGCCUGAUUGCAAUAUAUAACAAGAUCAGGUGUGUCUAACCAAGCUCCAGAUCAAUCUGCUAUGUAAUUGAAGUGUUUGCUCCUUCCAUGCCUUGCUUGGGUAUUGCUGAAAUGUUUUUGUCUGAAAUGCAGCAAAGGUCUUUAACUGUGAAUCUCUCAAAAUAACAGACUAUGCACUUGAUUAGUUUUUGCACUAAGGGUUUUGAUUUAUAAGGCAAGAGGUUGCAGAAGAUAUUAAUAACAGGUGCCAUAUUAUCAAAAACAUGAUUCUCUAAGACUGGAUAAUCCAAACAAAUUUCAUACCUAAGCAUAAAUAUACUCCGUAAUUGAUUGACUACUGUGUUACUCUUGACAGACAGUGUUGGUAAUCACGUUGCACUGCUGGUUUUUAGGGAGCGGUAGCUCUGGCUUGGUUUCAUAUUGCAAGCCAUAUAUUGUUUUAAUAUGGCUGGCUGUAUAUUUACACAUCUGUUAGUAGAGUAACCUGAAUCACUAUCUUUGGUAAAAUAUCUGAUGUGUUGAACUGGUCUACUAUUCAGAAGAACUUCCUCUUACUCAUCACCCUGGGAAGAUCUUAUAUGUACCAGAUAAAGUGAAGAACGUUUGCAUAAUUAUUUUAAUUUGAUGUACAAUAAAACAAAGCAUCUGCUUUUAGAAUACCUCAACAGAUCAAGUUGAGGACACAUGUUACAAUAUCAUUAAUGCAUGUCAGUUAUUUUACAUUAAGUAUUCUUUCAAAUUUAGCAAACACUGUAGUUUACUCAGAAGUACUUCUGGUAUGCAGUAUUCUUUCAGUGAGUGCACAUUCAGGUCUGUGCUGGGUUGUAGCAGAUGGUUGCAAUUUAAAUAAAACCUUUUAAAGUUUUCUAACCAA